AUGCCUUACACGCCGCCCUCCCAGACGCGGUCGCCUGCAACCUCCAAACCAAACAGCCCUAUCCUCAGUCGCACGCAUUCCUACGCCGACCAAUUCCCGCUUUCGUCUGCCGGUGUGCAGAGGCCCGCAUUGCCUCGCUCACACUCCGCCUCGUAUCUUGUCAAGCACCGCCGGUCCUCGGCCUCUCCGAACGCGAACAACGUCACUGCCGCUGCCAAUGCCCAGGCGAACAGCAUAGCAUCCGCGCCGGAUGCCCACCGCGGCCAUGGCCCCGCUGUACAUGGUAGCAUCCGCCAGUCCCCUCCUCCUGUGAACAAUUCUCUGAUUCCGUCAGGUGCCAUCACCACACCACCUGACUCUUCGGAUGACGAUGAGGACCGGGGUCGGAACAUUGGAAAUCUUAGGGAGCUCCAAGAGGCACUGCAGCACAUCCCUGUGAAACGUCAAGCGUCACCCAACCGCGAUGGCGUGGCGGACACACCAGCCAACUCAGCCGCGUCUACAACGCCCAUUCGGCCGCUCUCUGCCGAUGCCCGCAAGAUCUCCCAUUCGCGUUCGUCUAGCGAGAUCAUGCUCUCCAAACACGUCUCUCUCAACACAGACACGACUGUCAUCAGCUCUACCGAAGGUAGCGACGUAGAAGACGAUGAACUACGGAUAAAGCCGCCGCUACUUCGCAAGAAGUCCGGUGAGCUGGUAAAGCCCGCUCUUCGUCCUGCUUCUCGUCGACGGCCGUCCAGCAUGCCAGGUACUCCUACUUAUUCCAAAGCGGUGCAUUUCAACGAGGACAUCGAGCAGGUGCGCCACUUCCUCCAAGUGGACCGCCCUAUUGCUGUGAGUGCUGGGUCUUCACCUGUGGAAACGUACGAUAGCGAGAGCGAAUAUCCUUUUUUCGAGGACCGCAAAGAGAAAGAGCCUGAGUGGGAAAUUAAGCUUGCCAACUUUCCGUCCGCCGAUACGUACGAGCGUCAAACGAUGGCUGUACGUGUCGAAAGGAUCUUCCUGGCGUCUGAUAACAAGACGUUGGUCGGCACUGUUGCUUGCGCUAAUAUCUCUUUUCAUAAAGUUGUCAUCGCUCGCUUCACCCUCGAUUAUUGGAAGACAACGUCUGAGGUCGUCGCAGAGUUCAAUCACGAUGUGCGCAAGAAGCAGAAGGACGAUGGCUACGAUCGUUUCAACUUCAACAUCAAGUUGGCUGAUCAAGCCAACCUCGAAUCAAAGACGUUGCUUCUUUGUGUUCGCUACCAAGUAAAUGGUCAGGAAUUCUGGGAUAACAACGGCUCGAUCAACUACCAAGUUGACUUCACGAAGAAGUCGAAGCCAUCAGCAAACACGGGCAGCUCCGGUACCCUUCGCGCCAUUCCCCGUAGCCGUCAUUCACCCACCGGCCCCCGUCCUCGCUCCAUGCCUGCCGGUUCUUUCGACGAUGACUUCGGUCAAGAGUUUGGCUCCAAGUUUGCGUUCGGCCAAAGCCGUCCUCAGAUCCGGGAUUCUCCUAGCGCCACGAUCCGUUUGAAGCCCAAAAGCAAACGGAGCAAUCUCUUCCAAGAGCAGACAGCCAAUCGUCAGCCUGCCGGCCAGGCUUUCUCCACCCGCUACGACUUCAGUGCUUCCCUCUCAGCAGCGCUGUCGAAUGCUCAGACUGCUCUUGGAGAUCGCAGUGGUCUUACCCCCAAUGGCACUAGUAAAGGGUCCAAGGACUACUUCAACAAGGAUGCUGCUCCGAAGGUAUCAGCCGCGCCUGUUCCCGGUACUCGGCCUGGCGGUUUGUCAACUGAGAAGCCGGACCUUCAGUCAGCGGAGUAUAACGAGUUGAUCCAGAAGUUUUGUUUCUUUGGCACUCCUUCGAAAGGUUCUCCCAACGCGGGCACGCCUGCAACGAAGAACCCUCACACCGAUGGAGCAACCGAAUACAUCCUCAACGCUCAGCCCCGCUUUGGUAGUAACACCUCGUCUGCGUCGAACAGCCCCCCGUCUCCUGCCCUGCCAAUGCUGGUGGAUGGAGCCAACGAUAACGAGUCCCGGUCUGCACCUCGCAGUCCUUUUUUAUCCCGGUCCACGUCUCCAGGUCCGGUGACAGGCUCUGCCCCUGAAGACCACAUGGUUGCCUCGUAUCAAUAUGGGUAUUCCAUGCAUGGCGGCAUCUUCCCUGAGCAAAACCACAUUUCGCAAGCUUGUGUCUAA